AUGUCGGACGAGCUCGACUGCCUGAAGCGCAAGGGAGGUGUCGCGCGCGAGGUGUGGCGCGACAUGAUGACCUCGAGCACGGCGGCGGCGCUCGAGGCGCAGGGCAAGCUGCAGCUGCGCACCGAGCUGAACGAGGUGCUGCUGCUGCACGGCAUCCCACGGAGCUCGCUGCUCACCGUACUCGCUAACGGCCUCAACGAGCGCUUCAGCGGCACGCACGCGGGCGCCGCGUUUGGGAAUGGCGCAUACCUAGCGGAGGAUCUUGGCAAGGCGGACCAGUACGUCGACGCCGACGCCAACUAUGACCCGGCGAGCGACCUUCACCAGCGGCUCUACGGCCGGUCGUACCGCCACCCGGGCACCGCCUUGCACUAUGCGCUCGUGUGCCGCGUCGCGCUCGGCCACCCGAUCCGGACCAAGGACGCGGGAGCGCUGGCGAGGUCUUGCGACGAUCCGAACGAGCGCGUCUUCCCCGUGAACGUGCGCGAGCUUGCCCCCGUGCCCAACUUGGCGCCGCCGAUGCACUACCACUCGCUCAUCGCGGAGAAGGGGCCGGGCCACGACCGGUACCGCGAGUUUGUCAUCUUCCACGCGAGCGACUACAUCUGCCCAGAGUACCUGAUCGCGUAUCAUCGCGAGAACUCGUCUGCGCAGGCCUCUAGGGGCCCGAGCCGCUAG